GUGAGAUUGGUAACCCCAAACUGGAAAUGCUUGAUCUUGGAAGUAAUAACCUAGCAGGCCAUGUUCAACCAGGGGUAUUCAACAUGUCAUCACUCAUUCGGAUGAGCUUGGUUGAGAACAACUUCAAUGGAUCUCUUCCGUUAAGCAUGUGGACCACACUUCCUAAUAUUCAAUGGCUAAAUCUGCGCACCAAUAAAUUCACAGGGACGAUCUCUAGCUUCAUAUCCAAUGCAUCUAAACUCACCUUGCUCUCCCUGACUGAGAACUCAUUCACCGGCCCUAUACCUAAUACACUUGGUGACUUGAGAUUCUUAAAGAGACUUUUCGUUGGAAUAAACAAUUUCACGAGAGAAUCUUCAACUCCAGAAUUGAGGUUUAUCACUUCCUUGACAAAUUGCAGAGAUUUGGAGACAAUGGAACUAUCACUGAAUCAAUUCAAUGGUUUUCUUCCAACUUCAAUUGGAAAUUUAUCGAAAACUCUUACCUCGUUCAAUGCCUUCGGAAGCAAAAUUAAGGGCACCAUUCCAGGUGAAAUUGGAAACAUAAGCAGCUUGGAAUCCAUAAAUAUGGAUAGCAACGAGUUCACAGGAUCCAUCCCCUCAACAAUUGGAAAGCUGACACGUCUGGAUCGUAUAUAUCUAGAACACAACAGGCUUCAAGGUUCCAUCCCAGCUGAGAUUUGCCAACUGAAGAUGCUUGGUGACUUGUAUCUGAACGAAAACUUGCUCUCCGGUCCAAUACCAUAUUGCUUGGGGGAAAUCACAUCCUUGAGAAGAGUAUUCUUGCACCUCAACAAUUUGACGUCCACAAUUCCAUUGAGUUUUUGGAACCUUAAUGAUCUCUUAAGUCUGAACCUGUCUUCGAACUCCUUAAGUGGUGAUAUUCCCUCGCAGAUUCAGAAUCUUAAGGUUAUAAUAGAAUUAGACUUAUCAUGGAAUCAAUUAUCCGGUGAUAUUCUAAGUUCUUUCAGCGCUGCUCAAUCACUUGUUUUCUUGUCCUUGGCACACAAUACUUUUCGAGGUCGCAUUCCUCAAUCCAUGGGAAAUUUAAUAAGCUUGGAGUAUUUGGAUUUGUCUCACAAUGAUUUUUCAGGAACAAUUCCACAGUCACUGGUGAAGCUUGGAGCCCUCAAUUACUUCAAUGUGUCUUUCAAUAGACUGGAAGGGGAAGUUCCAACCGGUGGACCAUUUGCCAACUUUACUGCUCAAUCGUUUUCGCAAAAUUUUGCGUUAUGUGGCUUAGCUAGGUUAGAUUUGCCACCUCGCAAAACAAAAUCACCUUCCCAUUCAGGGUCACGAAACAUUUUGAAGUACAUUUUACCACCAAUUGUGUUUGCCAUCCUAAUGGUGGCAGUGGUCACAUUUUUGUUGGUAAGAAAAAGACGAAGUACGGAAAUAUCAAGUGAAAUAAAAUUGUUUCAACAAUGGUAUUGGCGAAGGGUUUCUUAUGAAGAGAUACUAGAAGCAACAGAUUCCUUCAGCAGCAACAAUCUUCUUGGAACUGGAAGUUUUGGUUCUGUAUUUAAAGGGACACUCCUUGAUGGAUCCAAAGUCGCGGUCAAAGUUUUCCAUUUGCAAUUCAUGGAUUUAACCAUGAGCUUUGAUGCAGAAUGUGAAGUAUUAGCCAGCAUACGUCACCGAAACUUAAUAAAAAUCCUCAGUUGCUGUGGACAUCGUGAUUUUAGAGCUUUGGUGCUAGAGUAUCUGCCAAAUGGGAGCCUGGAGAAAUGGUUGCAUUCCGAAAAUUAUUUCUUGGACGUGGUACAAAGGUUUAAGAUUAUUGUUGAUGUGGCGUUUGCUUUAGAAUAUCUUCACCAUGAUCACGCACCAGAUGUUGUUCAUUGUGAUUUGAAGCCAAGCAACAUCCUGCUAGAUGAAGAUAUGGUUGCACAUGUCUGUGAUUUCAGUAUUUCCAAAAGCUUCGGCAAUGGGGAAACUAUGAUUCAAACAAACACAUUGGCCACAAUUGGUUAUAUGGCACCAGAAUAUGGAGAGAAACGAAUAGUGUCUACAAGUGGUGAUGUCUACAGUUUCGGCAUAAUUUUGCUCGAAACAUUCACAGGGAAAAAACCAACUGAUGAUAUCUUUGGGGAAGAAUUGAACUUGAAGCAGUGGGUUAGCAAAUCUAUAGAGGCGAACUCAGUAAUGAAAGUUGUUGACAGAAACUUAAUUAAGAAAGAUCAGAACUUCUAUCUGAUGGAGCAGUGUUUGCUGUCAAUUCUUCGUGUUGGGCUACUUUGUCUUAGCGAUUUACCGCACGAGAGAAUCAACAUGAGGAACAUUGUGGCCAGACUAGAAAAUAUUGAAAUCCCACCAGUUAAAUAAGUAUGGAGUUUGAUAAAAUGGAUGGCACUCGAUGUUUUUUUUAAUCCAAAUGCUAAUAAAUUUUUGUAUUAUGAUGUCUUGUAUUAGUAGUGUAGUUAUUAAACCCAGUCUCGACAUCUUUUCAAUUAGGCCACUCUACAACAAUUUAAUGAUUCAACUGCAGGUUCUUCGGUUGAAUUGAA